GACCAUUGGUUAUAUCUCCUGCACAGCUUUGGGAAAACAUCAUCAACAGAGUGAGCGAGAGAGAUGAAAAUGGCGGCCUUGAAUAUCUUAUCUCAGCCAUGGCCACCUACGCCCCCUCUCUCUGUUUCUAAUUGUUAUUAUUCUUUCUGUAAUACUAGUAAGUCCAAUAGUAGUAAUAAAUCACAUUCUUUGUCUCAUUCUUAUCACUUCUCUCUCCUCUCUUCCCUCUAUGGAUCAAAUAGACCAUACCCAUCAUCUAAGCUCUCUGCAAUGCCUACCCAUUUCUCAAAGUCUGGGAUUCUUCUUGCAGGCAGUGGAUGUUCCUGGAUGCAAGACAAUUCUAUGCAUCACAACAAUGCUGCCGGCAGUGAAUGUGGGCAGGGCCAAUUGUAUUCUGUGUUUCCUACACAGCCUGCAGAAGUUUCUUCUGUGCAGGACCUUUUUAACUUUAUAUGCUCAGGUCCAUUGAUAAACAAAUUGGGUCUGACCCCAGAAGCAGUGGCUGAGUCUGUUGACAAAUGGUUGUCCUAUGGGUUGCACCUCUGUCGGCUGUUUCAGCUCAAUGAAUUGUAUCUGACGGAGCCUCAAAAAGUUAGGCUUUAUCACUACUAUAUUCCAGUAUUUUUUUGGUGUGAUGAUCAGAUUUCUCAGCACAGAUCCUUGUACAAAGAUGGAGAAGAUAUACCUCCUCUAGUGAUUGGUUUUAGUGCACCACAAGGUUGUGGAAAGACUACACUUGUGUUUGCUCUUAAUUAUCUAUUCCAAAUUACGGGCCGGAAGUCUGCCUCAAUAUCCAUUGAUGACUUUUAUUUGACGGCAGAGGGUCAGGCCAAACUACGAGAAGCAAAUCCAGGAAAUGCACUUUUAGAGUUACGUGGAAAUGCAGGGAGUCAUGAUCUUACAUUCUCUGUUGAAACCCUGUCUGAUCUAAGCAAAUUGAGUAAAGAAGGUAUGAAGAUGAAGCUACCCCGAUAUGAUAAGUCCGCUUACAAUGGAAAGGGUGACAGGGCUGAUCCGUCAACAUGGCCAGAGGUUGAAGGGCCACUUACAGUUGUUCUAUUUGAAGGUUGGAUGCUUGGUUUCAAACCCCUUCCUGUGGAAGUUGUCAAAGCAGUUGAUCCGCAGCUGGAGACAGUAAAUAAAAAUCUUGAAGCUUAUUAUGAUGCAUGGUAUAAGUUCAUCAAAGCAUGGAUAAUUAUCAAGAUCAAGGAUCCGAGCUGUGUGUACCAGUGGCGUUUGCAGGCAGAGAUUGCCAUGAGAGAGGACGGGAAGCCUGGAAUGUCCGAUGACGAGGUAAAAGAUUUUGUUUCACGGUACUUGCCAGCAUACAAUGCUUACCUUCCCACCCUUUACUCGGAAGGACCAGAAGGGUCGGACCCAAAGCGCCUCAUCGUCAUAGAAAUUGAUGAGGGAAGGAACCCUAUCCUUGGGAACUAGGUGACUAUGAG